UUUCCAGGGAUGGAAGAAGCGAGUCUGUGCCUUGGGGUGUCCUCAGCGGCGGCGCCCGAAGCUGAGCCCCACCUGAGCGGCCCGGUGCUCAACGGCCAGUAUGCCAUGAGUCAGAAGUUGCACCAGAUCACGUCCCAGCUCAGCCAUGCCUUUCCGGAGCUGCACCCGCGGCCCAACCCCGAGGACAAGACCCCCGCGGCGCCCCUGGAGGAGAAGGCCCACGUGCCCAUGAGCGGCCAGCCCAUGGGCAGUCAGAUGGCGCUCCUGGCCAACCAGCUGGGCCGGGACGUGGACACCAGCCUCAACGGGCGGGUGGACCUGCAGCAGUUCCUCAACGGGCAGAACCUGGGCAUCAUGUCCCAAAUGAGUGACAUCGAGGACGAUGCGCGCAAAAACCGCAAGUACCCGUGCCCUCUGUGCGGCAAGCGCUUCCGCUUCAAUAGCAUCCUGUCCCUGCACAUGCGCACCCACACGGGCGAGAAGCCCUUCAAGUGCCCCUACUGUGACCACCGGGCGGCUCAGAAGGGGAAUCUCAAGAUUCACCUGCGGACCCACAAGCUGGGCAACCUGGGCAAGGGACGCGGGCGGGUGCGGGAGGAGAACCGUCUGCUGCACGAGCUGGAGGAGCGUGCCAUUCUGCGGGACAAGCAGAUGAAGGGUAGCCUCCUGCCGCAGCGGCCGGACCUCAAGCCCCUGCCGCACGCGCAGCAGGCCCCGCUGGCCGCCUGCAACCUGGCCCUGCCCGCCAACCACAGCGUGCCCGACGUGGCCCACCCGGUACCCUCGCCCAAGCCGGCCAGCGCGCAGGAGGAUGCGGUGGCCCCGGCGGCCGGCUUCCGCUGCACUUUCUGCAAGGGCAAGUUCAAGAAGCGAGAGGAGCUGGACCGCCACAUCCGCAUCCUGCACAAGCCUUACAAGUGCACGCUGUGCGACUUCGCCGCGUCGCAGGAGGAGGAGCUCAUCAGCCACGUGGAGAAGGCGCACAUCACUGCCGAGUCCGCCCAGGGCCAGGGCCCCAACGGCGGCGGGGAGCAGUCGGCCAACGAGUUCCGCUGCGAGGUGUGCGGCCAGGUGUUCAGCCAGGCCUGGUUCCUGAAGGGCCACAUGCGCAAACACAAGGACUCCUUCGAGCACUGCUGCCAGAUCUGCGGCCGGCGCUUCAAGGAGCCCUGGUUCCUCAAGAACCACAUGAAGGUGCACCUCAACAAGCUGUCGGUGAAGAGCAAGUCCCCCAGUGACCCCGAGGUGCCCGUGCCCAUGGGCAGCAUGUCCCAGGAGGCCCACGCCAACCUCUACUCCAGGUACCUCUCCUGUCUGCAGAGCGGCUUCAUGGCGCCCGACAAGGCGAGCCUGAGCGAGCCCGGGCCCCUCUACGGCAAGGGCGGGGAGCUGCCGGCCAAGGAGAAGGAGGCCUUGGGGAAGCUGUUGUCUCCCCUCUCCAGCGUGGCCCAUGGCAUCUCCGAGGGCGACAAGCACUCCCUCCUGGGGUGCCUCAACCUCGUGCCGCCCCUGAAAUCCAGCUGCAUUGAGCGGUUGCAGGCGGCCGCCAAGGCUGCGGAGAUGGACCCGGUGAACAGCUACCAGGCCUGGCAGCUCAUGGCCAGGGGUAUGGCCAUGGAGCACGGCUUCUUGUCUAAGGAGCACCCGCUGCAGCGCAACCACGAAGACCCCUUGGCGAGCGCCGGGGUCAUGUUCGAUAAGGAGAAGCGUGAGUACGUGUUGGUGGGGGCGGACGGCUCCAAGCAGAAGAUGCCGGCCGACCUGGUUCACGGCGCUAAAGCGGGCGGCCAGAGGGACGUGCCCAGUAAGCUCGAGCCUUUGGAAGGCAGUCGGGAUUUUUUGUCUCACGGGCUGAACCAGACGCUUGACUAUAACCUGCAGGGUCCUGGGAACAUGAAGGAGAAGCCCACUGAGUGCCCCGACUGCGGCCGGGUGUUCCGCACCUACCACCAAGUGGUCGUGCACUCCCGCGUCCACAAGCGGGACCGUAAGGCGGACGAGGACGGGCUGCACGUGGGCCUGGAGGAGCGGCGUGGCUCGGGCAGCGACCAGGAGUCACAGUCGGUGAGCCGCUCCACCACGCCGGGCUCUUCCAACGUCACCGAGGAGAGCGGGGUCGGAGGAGGCCUGUCCCAGACCGGGAGUGCCCAGGAGGACAGCCCGCACCCCUCCUCGCCUUCCUCUUCAGACAUGGGCGAGGAGGCUGGGAGAUCCGCCGGCGUCCAGCAGCCCGCACUGCUUCGCGACCGGAGCCUGGGCUCGGCCAUGAAGGACUGUCCGUACUGUGGGAAAACAUUCCGUACGUCUCAUCACCUUAAGGUCCACCUGAGGAUACACACAGGUGAGAAACCGUACAAGUGUCCGCACUGUGACUACGCCGGCACCCAGUCAGCGUCCUUGAAAUACCACUUAGAGCGACACCAUCGGGAGCGGCAGAAUGGAGCGGGGCCCCUGUCUGGACAGCCCCCCAGCCAAGACCACAAGGAUGAGAUGUCCAGCAAAGCUUCUUUGUUUAUCAGGCCAGACAUCCUAAGGGGGGCCUUUAAGGGUCUCCCCGGGAUCGACUUCAGAGGCGGCCCUGCCUCCCAGCAGUGGGCAUCAGGAGCACUGUCAUCUGGAGAUCACUCGGGCCAGGCCACCGGCAUGUCUGCAGAGGCUCCAGCAGACGCACUGAAAGGAGCUGACCUUCCCUCCAAAAGCUCUCACUUCUCCGAGAUUGGAAGAGCUUAUCAGAGCAUCGUGGGCAACGGUGUCAACUUCCAAGGCUCCUUGCAGGCUUUCAUGGACAGCUUUGUCCUCGGCUCCUUGAAGAAGGACAAGGACAUGAAGGACAAAGCCCUGCCUGACCCCCCUUCCAUGAAAGUCCACGGGGCGGACGGGGGCGAGGAGAAACCCAGCGGUAAGUCCUCCCAGAGGAAGUCGGAGAAAUCCCAGUACGAGCCCCUGGACCUGUCUGUGCGGCCAGAUGCCGCCUCCCUCCCAGGCUCCUCGGUGACCAUGCAGGACAGCAUCGCGUGGCACGGCUGCCUGUUCUGCGCUUUCACGACAUCCUCGAUGGAGCUGAUGGCCUUGCAUCUCCAGGCCAACCACCUGGGCAAAGCGAAACGCAAAGAUAACACCGCGGCGGGGACGGUCAACUGCAAAGACCCAGGCCGGGAGGUGGGGAAGAUAUCGCUGCUGCCUUCGGUGCAGUCCAACAAAGAGCUGGGCCUUUCUGCUGUGAUCGGCUCUCUGGACUCUGCUUCUGAGAAGAUGGCCCAAGGACAGAUGAAAGAGACACUGGGGGAACAGAGGGGCGGCUCGUGGCCCAGCCACGUGGACCCUGCCUUUUGUAACUUCCCAUCAGACUUCUACAAGCAGUUUGGGGUCUACCCGGGCGUGGUUGGCUCCGGAGCCUCCAGCUCCUGCCCCAACAAGGAGCCGGACGGGAAGGUCCACUCUGAAGACGACGCCCCCAUCCUGAUCCCCGAAGCCACUAGUAAGAGUGCUGCCGACGACCUCUCCGAUAUCGCCUCCUCCGAGGACAUGGACUCCUCCAAGGGAGAGAACAACGAGGAAGAGGAUGUUGACACUGAACCGGAAAUGAUGAGCAAACCACUGUCUGCCCUCGGCAAGGACAGCAGCAGCGACGGCGGGGACAGCCUGCUGCCCACGGGCGCCCCCCAGCCCGUCCAGGGACUGGUCUCACCUUUGCCCCAAGCGUCCGAGAAGCAGUGGCACACGAGCCCAGGCCUUCUUCCAGCCCAGGACCCCUCAGCAGGCCUGCCAAAGCCAGAGCGGGGGCCCCCGGGCCUGGAGAAGCCGGUGAACAUGCUGUCGGUCCUCAGGGCCUACAGCUCUGAUGGCUUAGCAGCCUUUAAUGGACUCGCCAGUAGCACGGCAAAUUCUGGAUGUAUCAAGAGGCCAGACUUGUGUGGUAAGUGAUACCCCCGUCCUAGUCGGUCUAUCUGGACUUGCCCUUGUCUGUUCGUGGU